AUGGCCUCUUCGUCCACACCAAUCCCUAGUUCACCUGCCGAGCUCGCUGGAUCUCCCGCCAAAUCCGAGCCACGCAAUAAUGCUCGUUCAGCUCAGCGCUCCAGGCCUCCGAAGCCUAACUACAAGCACAUCCACCGUUUUCCUCUUCCCCUCAACGUCCAUCCUCUACCACCUCUCAUUCCUCACAAUCCUCUGUCGCUCAUCAGCGUGGUGCUGUCUUACUUGACUUACUUUAUCUCUCCACCUCACCAAGAAAUCUAUGCCGCCUACUUCGAUUCCGCGACGUCCUCCGUCCAUGUCACGGAUGAAAAGGCUAUCCAAGCCUUGUGGGAGAUGGGGUUCUUUGGAAAGGGCACUUUAAGCCGAAGUCAGCCUAGUUGGCUGGAACGGGAGAAGAAACGGAGGGGCUUGCUCGGUGGCCAGACCAAUGAGGAACUUACACGCCAGCGCAGAACAGAACGGCGUGAACUGAAACUCGAGAGAGCGAGGAUGGAGAAGGUAGCAAUUGAGCAGAGAUUGAAGGCCGAAGCUGCGGUACGUGAGAGUGGUGCUACUACCGUCGACCAGACGACGACGACGCUACUCACAGACGGUGCUCCCGGUGGCACAGCCGUUACACUCGAAAAGUUCUCGCUCCGGAAAGCGAGAGAAGCUAGAAUGCUCGAGUCACAGCGUUCCAAGAAGCAGGAGAACGAUGGCCCGGCUUCCUCGUCUCCUGGGCAAGAGUCUCCCAGCAAGGCAGUUCGCUUUUCACCUGUUGUUCAAGAGAAAGAAUUUGCCUCAGACUCGGCAAUUUUACGCCUUCCUGCUCCAGCUACAGCUCCGGAGACGUCACAGGAAGAGCCUGCCCUAGAUAAUGAGGAGCACUUACAGUUAUCGAACGAGGAGGCUUUUUUCCUUGCCUACGGGCUUGGGGUUCUUCAUGUCUUCGACGAUCAGCAGAAGGCCAUCAUUCCUCCUACAUCUUUACUCUCAUUAUUCUGUCACAACUCAUACUAUCCUCCACGUGAUUCGUCCACUGAUCUGAAACCAGACGAUCCUUUUAUGAUAUCUUACAUUGUCUACCAUCACUUUCGAUCCCUAGGCUGGGUUGUGCGCUCUGGGGUGAAGUUCGGGGUGGAUUAUCUUCUGUACAACCGCGGACCCGUUUUCUCCCACGCCGAGUUUGCGGUUGUGGUUAUUCCUGCCUAUGAACAUUCAUACUGGUCUGAAACUUCAGAUAGGAGGUCUUAUUGUGCCACGAGACAGGGACGAAGUUGGUGGUGGCUGCAUUGCGUGAAUCGCGUCCAGGCACAAGUGAAGAAGAGCCUGGUGGUAUGCUACGUGGAAGUUCCACCACCACGAUCUCACAAUUCGAAAAUUCACUCGGAGGACAUCCGGGCUCUCCUUUCUCGAUACAGGGUGCGGGAAACGCUAAUCAGGCGGUGGGUUCCUAAUCGCAUGCGGGACUGA